AUGUACCAACCCACUCCCCCCCCCCAACCCAUCCUCGUUGAUGACAACAAUACCGGAGCCCCUGUCCCGGCACCUGCCCCACGUGCCAAGCGACCUCGUUGUGUUGCUAGCCAGGCCAUUUCCCGCACCCCUCGAGUGCAUCCCGCAGGCCAUGAAGAUCAUGCUCACAUUAUUACCCCCAGCCGGAUCAUUACCGACUCUGGCGGGCGGCCAGGCCCCGCACUAGAUCCCCAUAUUCAACAGCCUAUUAUCACACCUACCCAUAUCGGCGGCCCGAUCAUCACCCCGAGUUGGAUAAUCGGUAGCCCGGUCAUCACCCCCAGUCGGAUAAUCCACAGUGGAAGUGGUUCCAGAGCUCUGAGCAUUCAUAGCCAACCCAGUGUUACUCCUAUUACCCAUCCACCCCCAGAUCCCAUGUCUGAAGACAAAACACGGGAUGAAGAGCCGCCGUGCGGAUCAACCUCGGACAACAAGGCUUACAGUGUCUAUGGUAGUAUGGACGGUUUUAUCCAACCUCCACCACCCCGCGGUCUUCCGAGUAUUACAAUUCCAAGCGAGGACCGGGAACUUCCCCAGCUCACUCACAAACUCCCUCAGCUGCCAACCGCCGAACCCCUGUCAAUCGCCAAACUCCUGCCAUCCCCCAACCCCUGCAAACAUCAGCAGCAGUACACCAUCCCCCCCAAACCCCAACUACACAUGUCCACACUCCUGCCCCCGCAGCCCCAGCCCCAGCCCCACCUCGCCAAGUACUCCGAGCAGCCAAUAACCCACUGGUGGAACUUACAGCUAGCGCGGCAACUUUUCAACGCGCCGGAACGAAGCCACUGGAGCUUAACAGUUGUCAUGUGGAUGACCCAACGACGUGCCGCUGCAUUGCCCGCUGCUCCUGUUGCAGCCAACGACCCGAGUGCGCCAAACGAUCUGAGAGAUCCUCAUGCGAAGCACACUGGAAUCAUACAGCCGGGCCCAAUCAGCACACGGGCACAUCUUUGUGCAUUCUCCACUGCCCCUAAUACGACAUUCAGGAGACAGCACCUACCUGCGGGAAUCCCGGAAAAUAACAAAUCAAUGGCGGGGCUCGUGACCUUCUUACAAAGUAUGGUCAAACACGAACGCACUCAUAUGCGAAACUUGGAUCUCAAUACGGGUGUGAUAGUGCGAAUCGCCAUGCUUCAACUACUCACUGUUCACCACCUUAUCCAUCGAGCACCAGGCGACACCAGGUCCCAAUGGGACCUAAUCAACAAUCAGUUGGAGUCUGUUAGGCAGAAAUCAGAUGUUGAGCUACAAGCGUGA